CAUAUAUAUAUAUUAAUAAAUAAUUACAUUAACCAAUAAACAUGGAUAACGAAGCCAACGUACCAGCCGAGGGCAACCGACCAAUAAGCAUAAGGGAUGCAGCGGAUAUAGUGCCACCUUUCGAUGGCCACAACAUUUCCGUGUACCAAUUCACGAAGAAUUGCCUUAAUGCAAGGGGCAUGAUUUCACCAAACGCCGAAUACGGCCUAGUCCAAUUAAUUAAAAAUAAAUUAUAUGGACAAGCCUCGAGAGUAGUAUUGAGCGGAGACUACAAUACCAUCGAACAGCUGAUUACGGUGCUGAAAUCACGUUUUGCUCCAUUAUACUCAUCAAUACAACUAUGCGGAGACAUGUCGAAAUUGGCUCAGAUGCCGAACGAAGCAGUCGUCGACUACAGUAGCCGAGUCUCCAGUAUUUUGCUGCAAAUUCAGAACUGCAACGAAAUCGAAGUUCCUGAAUAUACGCAGCAGUAUAAUGCAUCUGCAGAAGCCAAUGCUGUCAAGGCAUUUCUGACUGGGAUGAAACCAGAAAUCUUCAGUCGAUUACGAAAUUGCGAGUUCAACACCUUGGACGAAGCAAUUAGUGCAGCUAUUAAAGGCGAAGCAGAGUACAAAGAAAAUAUGAUGAGGAUGAAAUUGACCGAGGGAUAUACCCAGGCCAUUCAAUGCAGCAACUGUUUUGGGUACGGCCACAGUACGAACACCUGCAGUAGCCGUUCAUUCCAAAGGCAGCAGGUAUCGUCGAUCCAAUGGCAGCCAAGAUAUUGCCAGCAUUGCCAGCGCCCGGGACACACAAUUCAAAAUUGCUGGUUCAACAACAAUAACAACAACAAUUUCAAUAACAACUAUAAUAAUUACAACAAUUAUAAUCAACAAAGAAGUCAAUGGAUACAACCAAACCGGGUUCCACAAAACCAAACCCCGGUGAACCAGCGGCAGAACACAGGUCAACGCCAAGGAACGGGACAACCACCGGCUUUUCAACAUCCGGCAAACCAACCUUUGGCAAAUCCGACCUUUCAACCCCCGGUAAACCAACCUCCUAGUAACUGGUACCAAGGCACCGCAAACUGGAGAAGGCAACCUCCAAUAUGCACUUAUUGCCAAAAUAUUGGCCAUACCAUCGAACAAUGCAGAAAGAAAGCGUAUCAAGAGAAGAUUAAAAACCAACCACAACAACCUACAACUCAUGAACCACAGGAUACAUCGAAGUAAAAGCGCUGGAUACAGAGUCCGUAUUCCAUGUUGUGGAGGAUCUUCCGAUAGCGCACGAUGGAAUACUAGGAACCGAAUUCUUUAAAAAUAGCGGAGCGAACAUUGACUACGCCAAAUCUAUGCUCAUAGUCAACAAUUUCAUAAUACCAUUCCAAGAGCCUUUAAUCACAAUACCAUCAAGGACUAGAACAACAAUUCC